UGUUUUUGACAGUUCUCUUCAACUCUAUCUUACGUGUGUUGAAAUUUUACUCGUGCUAUUAACGCUAUUAACUUUGUUUUUAAGCAAUAUUCUAGCUAAAAAAAUAUCUUUUUGCGAAUUUAGCAACACUACUUUUGAUACGAACCUUGAGACCCACAAUGGACGACACAAGCCGUCAGCUGUUAGGUGACUGUUUCCUGCGGACCGUCGUAAAUCCCCGCUCUACAAAUCCCCCGUUAGAACCUCCGCCUACAAAGGCACCGGUUAAGGCAGAACUACAGAUCCUCCGCCUGAAAGAGGAAUCCCGCAAUUUAGUGAUGGAUACGCUGCGCUCCAUUCACGGGGAAGCAUUCCAACUAGGUGACAUCAGCAAAUACGAGGACAAAGGAGGUCGUGUGAAGAAAGCCUACUGGCAAGACCGAGGCAAUUUGGUUAUCCGAGGGGGAUGCGAUUUUUCUCAUGUUAAGAAGACCGCUAAUGGUGGUGAGGAUAAAUUUCGGAUGUACGCGUUGAUUAAGUUGGAGAGUUACGGAUUUGCGAAGGGGCACUGCGAGGAAGCGCUGGAUCAUUGCAGUGGGGAUGUUGAUGAGGCACUGGGGAUACUGUUCGGGAAGUAUUUCCCACCUCCGGUGGAUUUGGUCCUGAUGGAGUGUGACGUGACCGAGGAAGAACUUGAUCAGAUGAGAAAUGAUGAGAAGGAAGCGUUGGAAUCGAUCUAUGAUAAGCUGUUUGUGGAGAAGGAACGGAAUCGCGUGUGGCAGUUGAAGUUCAAGAUAGAUCAUUUGCUGGUUCACAGUCCUUCGGAGGUAAAGAAGUUGGAGAAGAAAAAGCUGCAAGCGUUGGAAAAUGAACGGCAACGACAGUUGGCAGCGAAAGCGAAGAAAAAACCUAAGAAAGAGCCUUGCUGGAACUUUGCCAAGGGAAAGUGCAGAUACGGUAAUAAGUGUUAUUUUUCACAUGGUACGGAAUCUGACGGGGAAGAAUCUAAUAAGGAAGAAGGAAAGAAAAAACUAGAGGAAGAUCCGAAUUGGUUUUUCUUGGAGGUACGUUUUCCUAAAAAGAGUAAAUAUCCUUACGAAGCUCCGUUGCUGUUUUUAAAAACAACUUGCCCGGAUAUUCCACAUCAGUUGUUGCUGAGAGUGGCACGAAUUCUGGUCCAGGAAUCUAUUAAAACUACGCAGGACGGGAUGCCAUGCGUUUACUCGAUAGCAGAACUGUUGCAAAAUGACGAAGAAAUCAGUCGCUUCGUUGAAUUGGACCGUUAUCAGUUUCCGGAUCCACGUCGUUCACUGUUUCAUAUCCCGGAGGAGGACACUCUGAAUAGCUUAACAAUCGAAGAUCUUCCCACUCACAACCAAAUGGGUCUAACGCAUCGAUCGUCCGGUCCGAAGACGAACCCAGAGCAGCAGCUGAAAGACGACUUGAAUAUUAUCCGGAAAUUUAUGGACAAGCAGAAAAAUGAUGCCUACAAGGAUAUGCUUCGUCAUCGCCAGCAGUUGCCGGCGUGGUGUAAAAUGAGCGAAAUUAUAACUGCCAUGGAGUCUGCCCCGGUGCUGGUUAUCAGCGGUGAAACGGGCUGCGGUAAAUCAACCCAAGUGCCUCAAUUUAUCCUAGACAAUUGGUUGUUUCAGUCGUCGAAGCUGGACCGGAAGGUUCCACACGUGGAAAUCAUUUGUACCCAACCGAGACGACUAUCGGCCAUUGGAGUGGCCGAGCGAGUAGCUGAGGAGCGAGUGGAACGUAUCGGGAACACCGUCGGCUAUCAGAUUCGAUUGGAGAACAAAAUUUCCUCCUCGACUAGACUUACGUUUUGCACCACGGGAAUCUUGCUGCGGAGGUUACAAUCGGAACCCACGCUGGACAACGUGACGCAUAUCAUAGUGGACGAAGUGCACGAGCGUUCCGAGGAAUCAGAUUUCCUGCUGUUGAUCCUGAAAGAAUUAUUGGAAAGACGGCGGGAUUUGAAGGUGAUCCUCAUGUCAGCGACGUUGAAUUCGAAUCUGUUUUCUUCCUACUUUGGCGAUGUUCCGGUACUGGAUAUUCCUGGAAGAACGUUUCCAGUGGAACAGCUCUUCCUGGAAGAUAUUUUGGAAAGGAGUGGCUUUGUGCUGGAGCCGGAUUCUCAGUUCUGUCGGAAGCUGCGAAAGGGCGAAGAAGAGCAGCUAAUGCAAGAGCUGGAGUAUGCUGACGUGAAAGCAUCCAAUGCUGCCCCGGCUAAGACAAUCAAGGACGAGAAUCUGAAGAUGGCCGAUCUUUUUGCGCGGUAUUCGGACUACUCAAAACCAACCUGCAAAACGCUCUACCUGAUGGACCCGCUGCGUAUCAAUCCGGAACUAAUCGAACACAUUCUGCGCUACAUUGUCGAAGGAACGGAUCACGGCUGGCCGAAGGAGGGAACCAUUCUUAUUUUCCUACCCGGUCUAGCCGAGAUCAAAACCGUCCACGAGGCACUUUGCGAUAGUAAACUGUUCGGCCCGCGGGAAGACAAAUUCAUUCUCGUUCCACUGCACUCUACCCUAAGCAACGAAGAACAAACGCUGGUAUUCAAAAAAGCCCCCAAAGGAAAACGGAAAAUCGUGCUAAGUACAAACAUUGCCGAAACGUCGGUCACGAUCGAUGAUUGUGUGUUCGUAGUGGAUUGCGGUCAGAUGAAAGAAAAACGAUUCGAUUCGAAUCGAAACAUGGAAUCACUUGACGUGGUUUGGGUUUCCAGGGCAAAUGCGCUGCAACGGAAAGGUCGAGCUGGCCGUGUCAUGCCGGGUGUUUGUAUACAUCUGUUUACUAGACCUCGGUUCACGAAUCAUAUUCUGUCGCAGCCGGUACCGGAAAUUCAUCGAAUACCACUGGAACCGUUGCUGUUGCGGAUCAAGACUCUACAAACGCUGCAGGGUAGAUCUCUGAAAGAUGUUCUGAGGGCGACUAUAGAACCACCCAGCGACGAGAACAUUGAAGCGGCCAAAAAACGAUUGAACGAUGUUGGUGCCUUUGAUUUGGAGGAACAGCUGACACCACUGGGACAUCAUUUGGCUGCUCUGCCGGUAGACGUGCGGAUUGGAAAAUUGAUGCUUUUCGGUGCGAUCUUUCAGUGCUUGGAUAGCGUUCUGACGAUCGCGGCCUGCCUGAGCUUCAAAAGUCCAUUCGUAUCCCCUUUCAGUAAACGAGACGAAGCCGACAGUCGGAAGCGUCUGUUCGGCAUAGCCAACAGUGACCAUCUGACGAUGCUGAAUGCCUAUCGAAAGUGGAAAGAAACUACCAAACGCAGUCGAUAUGCUGCCCAUUGCUAUGCGGAAGAAAAUUAUCUCUCCUCGAAAACGCUACAGACGAUCGGUGAAAUGAAAUAUCAAUUCCUAGAACUACUGGUGUCAAUUGGAUUCGUACCGGUAGACCUCACCGGUCGACGGGGGAAGUUCGUCAAAGACGAACUGCUAGAGCUAACGGGGAACGAAAUCAACGCAAACGGCGAUAACAAUCGACUACUUGCUGCGAUCCUUUGUGCCGCUCUUUAUCCGAACGUCAUCAAAAUUCUAACUCCGGAGAAAAGUUUCAUUAGCGGUGCAGGUGGAGCCGUACCGAAAUUACCUCAACCGUCGGACCUACGCUUCAAAACGCAACAGGAUGGGUUCGUUUUUCUGCACCCAUCGUCGAUCAACUCCCGGUUCGGUCACUUCAAUUCGCCCUAUCUGGUGUACCAGGAGAAGGUGAAAACUACGCGAAUUUACAUCCGGGAAACAACUAUGGUUCCUCUGCUGGCGAUGGUGCUCUUCUCCGGUAGUGAUUUACGAAUCGAACUACACGGUGGAGAUUUCGUGAUUCUGCUGGAGGAUGGCUGGAUUAUGUUGCAGGCAGAAACACACGAGGUGGCCGAGAUGAUGAAGUUUCUUCGGCUAGAGCUGGCUAAAAUGUUGGAGCUGAAGAUCGCUGAUCCUCUGCUGAAUCUGGCCAAUCACGAGCACGGUCGGAAGGUGAUUGGAACAAUUGUGCAGUUGAUCAAUAAAGAAUGAUAGGCAUUAGAUUUGAACUUUUGUGAUGUUUCUUUUCCAUGUAUUUAUCUAGGUAGAACCUAGUUAAUAUUUGAAAAUAUUGUAAACAUGUUAUGUAUAAACAUAUAAACGCAAAUAUAUU